AUGCAGAUAGAGGGUGGUUCUGAAGGUGUAAUAGUUGGUGGAACAACAGGAGAGGGUCACCUAAUGAGCUGGGAUGAACACAUUAUGCUUAUUGGGCACACUGUUAACUGCUUUGGCACUAGAAUUAAAGUGAUAGGCAACACAGGAAGUAAUUCUACCAGAGAGGCUGUUCACGCAACAGAGCAGGGAUUUGCUGUUGGCAUGCAUGCAGCUCUCCACAUCAAUCCUUACUAUGGGAAGACCUCAACUGAAGGAUUGAUCUCUCAUUUUGAGGCUGUUCUGCCGAUGGGUCCAACUAUCAUUUACAAUGUGCCAUCCAGGAGUGGCCAGGAUAUUCCUCCCCAAGUUAUUGAGGCACUUUCAGGAUAUUCAAACCUGGCAGGAGUGAAAGAAUGUGUCGGACAUGAGAGGGUCAAGUGCUACACUGACAAGCCGAAUCCCAUCGCACUCAACACUGCUCUGGCUCAGCUUGGGGUGGCAAGGCCUGUUUUCAGAUUGCCGUAUGUUCCUCUUCCUCUUGAGAAGAGGAUUGAGUUUGUCCGGAUUGUUGAAGCUAUUGGACGGGGAAACUUUGUGGGACACAAAGAGGCUCGUGUUCUCGACGAUGAUGAUUUUGUUUUGAUCAGUAGGUAUUAG